GCGAUUGCUUCGUCAAAGAAUCAUGUUCCGCCACGCUGCUCGCGCCGCCGCCCGCGCGGUCACCGCCAGUCGCCCACUCUUGUCGCAUGCGCCCAAGCGCGUCGAUGGCACCUGCUCCAUGCCCAUGCGCACGACGGCGAUGGGCUUUACCUCGACGACGACCGCGGGCGCACCACCAGCAGCCGACGUCUUUGACAUCAAGAGCUGGACGCCGUUGAUGCACGCGUCGUCGGUCGCCGAGGCCAAGGCCGCCUUGGCUAACGCAUCGACUGACAUCAACUUUGCGUGCCAGCAUGGGUGGACGCCGCUGAUUGUCCAGUCGUUCUUGAACCGUGACGCUGGCAUCGUCGAUGUGCUCUUGCAGCACAAGGCCAUCAAUACAAACGCUCAAAACAACAUGGGGGCGACAGCGCUCAUGCUCGCGUCCGAAGAGGGCCACACGGACAUUGUGGCGUCGCUUCUGGCCCACGCCGACGUCGAAAUCAACAUGCAAGACAAUGCGGGCUUUUCGGCGCUCAUGUUGGCGGCGCAAUCCGGGCACGCCGACGUCGUCAACGCGCUCCUCCAGCAUCCGUCCAUUGACGUUGGCCUUCAAUCGCUGGAUGAAAGCACCGCGCUCAACGCGGCGUGCGAAGGCAACCACGUGGAUGUUGUCCGUGCGCUGCUCGCGCACCCCGCGGUCCAGCGCCAUAUCGAGAGCAACAAGGUACGUCGAGCCCACGCGGCUUUACCUACAGCUGUCUGUCAGGAAGCGAUCGUCUCUUGGAUCUUCUCGUCGGGCGAGGAUCACUUGGACGUGGUCAAGCUGCUCGUCGAGCACCCCGCCAUUUACCAUGGUGGCAUGCCACUGCUGGUCGCAGCGACCACGGGUCAAAUGGAGGUCGUCAAGCUCUUGCUGCAGCAGCCCGCGAUCGACUGCAACGUCACGGACGAACUCGGUAUUUCGGCGCUCAUGCUGGCUGCGGACGGAGGCCACGCCAACAUUGUCGAGCGCCUUUUGCAGCACCCCGACGUGGACUGCAACAUGCAAGACUGCCAAGGAAUCACGGCGCUCAUUUCAGCCACGAUGAGCGGGCACGCUGAUAUCGUCGAGCUCCUCGCCUUGCACCCCGCGACCAACCUGGAUCUCUGCGAGAAGGAGCACGGUGCGACAGCGCUCAUGGUCGCUUGCCAAGAAGGCUACAUCGACAUUGUCGAGAUCCUUGCGCCCAAGGCCGACAAAACCAUCAAAAACAAGGAUGGAUACACUGCGCGGGACUUUGCCGAGGCGUUUGGCCACGAAGACAUUGUGGAGGUCCUCGAGGCGUAGUAGAUACACGUGUAACAUGGUACGACAGAUUCAAACACGAGCGGAUCCUCAUUACUUGCCCG